UCGCUCCUCAGUAGGGAGUUCGCGGCAGUGGUUGAUGGGUCGUCCGGUAACUAUCGGGCUGUCCUGAUUUCGUGCUGGCUGCUGGCUAUUUGAUGCUUGAUCGCUGCUCGCCUUUGGGUGCCCACAGUCCGUCGCAUCUCGCUCCGAGCACGGUCGCGCCGCGAAGUGAAGAACUGUACGGAUAGAUCGCCAGCCUCUGCGGUUGGCUCCUCGGACGGAAAGCGAGAAUGCCGCGGGCCAAGAGCUACACUGGUGACACAAUCAAUUUCAAGCAGAUCGCCGGACUCCUCACCAGUUCCACCGCGACCACACGCAAGGACGCCGUCGAAGAUUUGCUGGCGUAUUUCAAGGCCGUCGAUAAUGGGCCCCAGAGCCAAAGGAAUCCCUUUGACGACAAGUCCUAUCAUUCGCUCUACGAGGCGCUAUUCCGCUGCAUUCUGCUGGAGAAGGAGAGCUACUUCAAGAAGUCGGCGAAAUCGAGCGCCAAUGCCAGCGCCAGACUCGAAAAGUGCGCCGAGGCGCUGCGCACGGCUGUCCGCCAUGGAGCCACCAAGAUCAAGCGCAAGACGGCCAAGGCUAUCAUCGACCACAUCACGCAAGUCCUUCCGGGGCCUGAUGACAGCUACGUCGCGCCUCUCCUCAAGAACUACGUGAAGGCCCUGGUCGCUUUCCUCGAUUUUCCGGCAAACGUUGAAAACCUGGCCGCCUACUCUGUCGAGACUUGGGACGCGUGCGUCAACUUUUGCGUCGACGCCCUCUCCCGCUAUCUCGAUACCGGCGACCGAGACAGCGGGUCCCUGUCCCGCGCCUCUCCAGCCCCUGGAACGACUGUGAGGUCUGGCUCUGUUGCCGUAUCCCAAGGCUCUGCGCCCGGCCAGAUAGGGAGCCAGACUGCUCUCGAGUUUUUGACGUGCCUCAACUCACUGGUGGCCGCCCCGAACGCGCCGGUGCCGAGGAAGGCAGACAGGGUGUCGACCGUGGUGCUGCAGAUCCUCCAGCUCAAGCAGUUGAAGAUUGGGGAGCUCCAAAAGGUGGCCUUCUCAACCUUCAAUGCGGUCUUCCAACGCGUCCAAGCCGAUGACGUCGCGUUGUCCAAGAGAAUGGUCAGGAAUCUCAUUCCCCUGGUGUCACAUUGGUGGCAGCCUCGGGCCCUCUCCCGAGACGCGAUGCUGAACGCUAUCCGCGAUGAGAUGCUCAAGACCAUCUAUGGAACGCACCUGUAUGUCGAGAGCCUGCUUCGGGAAUCCGCCGAUGAAUCCUUCUUCCAGGAUGUGGAAGACUUGCUGGAUGCUUUGUGGUCCGACUACUCGCGGCGGGAGGAGCGUGCCCGACUUCAGCUCGACGACCUGACGUUCACCGGGAUGCGUCUUCCCCCCGAUCACCCGAGCACUACAGUCUUCAGACUCCGCCCAUACAACCAAACAGGCGAGCAGAACUGGGCUCUCUUGGAGGUCCUCGCUAUCUUGGAAGCCGCAUACUCGCGGCACUCUCAGCGAGAGCACAGCCAAGAGCAGCCAGAGAACGGCCAGCCCCGGAAGAGACGCCGAAUGGCUGGCAGUUCAAACAGAUUGCACCAGAAGAUCCAAUCCCUAGACCCGGCCGUCCGCCUGUCUGCCCUGCAGCUCAUCCCUUUCCUUGCCAAGCGGAAGGAGCCUUCUCUGGAAGACAUCGUGGAGGCGACGGGGGAUUUGUCCAGGUCUGUUACAGCCAAGCAAGGACUAGUGGCCUCCUGGGCCAUGCUCGCUUGUGCCAGUCUUGCCGCGCAUGAGGCGUCAAGACAUGCAUCUCUCGGCGCGUUCUGGAAACAACUCUGGCAACUCGGCGUCCGGUCCCUGUCUUUGCCACCCAUGAGUCGCGCUGCAUGCGUCCUGCUGCAUUCGAUACUGAAAGCGAAUCUCGUCCCCAGACACGAGUUGGCCGACGAUGUGAACCAGAUCGUCACGACGGCCGACAUCAGCGGGCCUGCAGUGCUGGUGGAUUCGUCCCUGGUUUUGAUGCUGAGCUUGCUCCGGCUUCGCAACAACAUGUUCCCCAACGCAAGCCAAGCCACCUCCAACCACAUCAUUCGAUGGGUGUUUGUCAGGUGGAGUCCUGCCGAAUUGAUAUACGCCUCCAUGUACGCCGCGCAUGCGACACCUUACGACCUCGUCAAUCUUUUGCGGGCUUGCUAUGGAGCUUCUCCCCUUACCAUGGCAGCGCCACUGCGCUUGUUUGGCGGCCCCAUCGCUCAGUUCUGGAAGAGCCAGGCAGAAUCCCACGCCUUCGUUCGGUACCUCCUGCUUCUAGACCAAGAAGAUGGGCCGGAACAUGCCACAACACUCCCGGCCGAAGAGCAGCUGGCUGAACCUCAGCAGGUCGUUGACCCGGCAGGAUCCCACGCGGCAAGGAGGUUGGCGUUGGAGCUACUCUACCCCAAGAUCGAGGAACUUCACCAGCUGGCAGAGUCGUGGCAGAAGCGCGGUGGAGAAGGCGCCAUACCCGUCUCCACCGAGCGACUGCAGAGCAUGGUUCUCGCGUGCCUCACAGGAUCGCUGCUGCUGCCUGAGCUGGCCAGCCUCAAUUCAUCCAUGUCCAGAGACCUCGAGGCAGCUCUUUUUAGCAUUGUGGAUGCCACGCUCAAAGUGAUCCUCGGCGCUCCCGCAAACGAGAACUUCUUUGAGUUGGUCCUGACAGCUUCGGCACCGUACAUACCUCCCUUGACCGAAGCCCAGCUAGUCUCGUUGAAAUCCGAGCGGCCGCAUCUCCUGAAGUAUUUCGGGAAGCUUUCUGGUGCGCUUCACGAGAGGUCACGCCGAGAGUCCUCUGUCCGUAAUCCCGAUGUUAUCGGGAUCGACGACGAUGAAUUUGAAUCGCAGACGAGUCAAAGCAGCACGACCUCCAGAAGCAAGACGCUGCCCAGGAGGGAUGUGCUCCUCUGCCACACGCCCGAGGCUUUCUACCUGGAGACCAGCCUCCGAAUACAUUUCCUGGAAGUCAUACGCUUAGACGACGGCGAACUUGGCCGCGUUCCCGAGUCUAUCGUCGACCAGCUCCUGGAGCUCCCGAGUGAGCAGUUCUUGUCAUGCCGGUUGUUCAUGCGAGAGCUCUUCACAUCGGAUGCCAUGACCCCCCUCGAGACUGCCAUGAGAAUCCUGGAAGCGGCUGGUCGCGUCAUUGGCCAAGACGAGUUCAAGCACUGUGACGUGGCAUUGUGCAACUGCCUCGACAUCAUGGAUAGCUUCAUCAGCGUGUGGACUGAUGAGGACCUUGAGAUUGCAACCAUGGCCGGGGAUCUAUACCACUACUUGGUGAAGAACUGCCUCCCAAAUAACUGGCUGUCAACUGCAGUACAGAUUCGUCUCUCCAGCUUGCUCUUGCACCUGUUGGAGGUCAAAUCGACCUACGCCGCGAGCUUGAAGCUGCCGUCCGUUCGGUCUACACUCUUGGGCAUCCUGCAGGACGGGGCCAUGGAAGUAAAAUACUUCAUCGGGCGCAACCUUCCCAAGAUCUUCGGACUCUAUGUCCUUAAGACCCACGACGACAUAUUCGUUGAUGUGCUAGAAAGCCUUCCGUCCGACCCCGAAGUCGGCGAGGGGAUCGCAUUCCGAUUAUUCGUUCUCGCAGAACUUGCCUGCCGGUGGCCUACCCUGUUGCGUCGUUGCAUAUACCACAUCUUUGAGGCUCCGGGGAAGAUCUCACAAUCCGCAAAGUACGCAGCCAGCUGCCUCAAGCGGAUCUCGCGGACGCUGCAGCUCAGCGGACCCCAGGAGCUGUUCAAGCUCUUCGCACCCCAGUUGCUAUACACCUGGCUGGAAACAGAUUCGAUUCAGAAUAUCCCAUUCGAGAUCUUCGGCUAUCCAAGUCUCCGUGACCUUCUCCUUGAAGCCCAGACAGAAGCUGCCGCCAUCAUGUUUAUGCGCGGCCAAGAGCAGGAGGCCCGAGAUUUGGCUCAGUCCCUAGGCCUGACGCCCGAGCAGAUGGUCCAGCAGAGUUUCACCAAAAUCAUCGCCUACAGCAUAGCGCACGAUAUCAGCGUUCCCGGAGGUGCGGACUACGUGACCGGAGAGAGCCGGCUCCGGAAGAUACUCGGAAAGGAGGGCUUCCUCUCCAGUAUCCACCUCAACUUUGCCGACAUCAUCGCCACCUUUUUCGACACCUUUGAUCAGGAAGACCCUAUAGAGAAGGCGUUUCGACGAGACGAUCGGUUUGCAUACGCCGCAAACAGCAUGGAGGAGAUCAAGAAACUGGGACAUCUGCCAGCCGCAUUGCCUCCGAACCAGCAACCCAUGUUCAGGGCCAAGUACUUGCCGAGGGAAAUCCUCCAUCUGUGCAGCCGGACCCCAUACGAGCCAGAAACGCUGUGGACACCCGCCCUUGUCGUCUUCGUAGCCCGCAGGCUGCUGAACACGAUACAUCCAGCGCUCGGUCCACUACACGCCUGCUCCGUACUGCGCAAGAUCCGCGUGCUGAUAUGCAUGGCGGGCGACCACGCAACGUCUGCGUAUCCUCUUGAAAUGCUCUUGCAGUCUCUCCGAGCAUUUGUGGUGGAUCCGGAGUGCGCCGACGAUGCUUUGGGCAUGACGCAGUAUCUCGUCCUCAAGGGUGACAGUCACCUCAGGCAGACGCCCUCGUUCCUCGCCGGAUACGCACUCUCCAUUCUAGCAGACCUCCGCGUCUUUCUUGAGUCGAGCCAGUCCAGCACGACGCAGGAGAGCCAAUUCAAGGCGACCAUGACCAAAGCACAGCUCUUCCAUUCGUGGUUUUCCAAGUACUUGGCCAACUACGAUUCCCCUGCUUUCCAGGACGAGGCCCAGAAACUCGCCUUCAGGUCCAUCACGCAGUCUGCCGCUCACAUCCGUGCCUCGGGCAAUGCGGAAAGGGGGACGCAUGAGAGUAACCUGCUACUGGAGAUCUUAGAAGACUGGGACCGGGAAAACCGGCUGCUGAACGAGCCGGCGCGUGAUGUCGCUCUUUCCAUGCUGUGUGGUGUCUUCAAAGUUCCUCCGUCGAGCAAGCUCGAUGUCAUUGAGACGGACGAGGACGCGCUCAGCCACAGUGCUGUUGUCUGGAGAAGUUGCGCCUCCCAGAGACUGAGCGGGGAGUACCUGGCCUGGGCCGGACGUGUCCUAGGCCGCUCAUUUGCAGCAUCUGGCGAAGUGCCCGACGAGCUGUUGCGUGAGUCUCAGCUCAAGGAGUACCGCAGACUGUCCUCGGACAUCGGUAGCUCGGAAGAGGCCCUGCUGAAUCUCAUCGAAGCUCUGACCGUUAGCGGCGACUGCUUCACGGCUGGCCUAGCCGAGGCCGCCCUGCGUACCGUCGUCUCCGAUGCCAUUAGUGAUGAGGACCAUGAUCUUCUGAGCGCCUGUCAGCAGAGCCUCUCAGAGCCUCUGCUGGUCUCGUCAAACUGGGACCCGUACCGCACGCCGCAAUCCGACUACUUCAACGUCGAUCAUCCGGCUGCUGCAGAUGUGUUUGCGGCCAAACAGCUCGAGAGCCCGAACUGGUCGCAACAAGUCGCAACGCUCUUGGCCCUGUCGGUGCCAGAAAUUGUGACGCUGAGGGUGCUGCCUCCCAUCCUGACUAAGGUGAAGGGCUUCGCGGACCAGGCGUUUCCGUUCGUCGUCCACCUGGUCCUGACAUACCAGCUGGACAAACAGCAAGGAAUCAAGCGGCAGCUGUCUGAGGCUCUCAAGGAUUGGCUGAAUUCGACCUCUGUAGCGGCCAAGGAAAACUUGAAGCUGCUAAUCAACACCAUCCUCUACUUGCGAACCCAGCCUCUUCCAGGCGAGACGUCGAUCGCAGAUCGGGGGCACUGGCUGGACGUCAAUCUUUCGAGCGCCGCGGCGGCUGCCACCAGAUGCGGCAUGUUCAAAGUCGCGCUCUUAUUUGUCGAGCUGGCCAAUUCCGAGUCGUCGAGAGGGUCGCGGCGCUCCUCCGCAAUCAGAGAGAUCGAGGACUCGAGCGAGAUACUGCUGGACAUUUUUGAGAACAUCGACGAUCCGGAUGCGUACUACGGCCUCAACCAAGACGCUUCGCUCUCCACCGUACUGUCUCGCCUGGAGUACGAGAACGACGGCGCCAAGAGCCUCGCGUUCCGCGGGGCGCAGUACGAUAGCCACUUGCGGAGUAGAGAUGCUGCCUCAAGGCAGGAUGGUCAGGCUCUCGUCAAGGCCCUGAGCAGCCUCGGUCUUGCCGGCUUGUCCAACUCGUUGCUUCAAGCACAGCAAAGUCUGGACGGGUCCUCGGACUCACUGGACGGGACAUUCACGACUGCAAGGAGGCUCGAAAUGUGGAACCUGCCAGCCCCGUCAAGCACCGACAACUGGGCAGUGACUGUGUACAAGGCAUAUCAGGGCAUCCACCAAGCCCCAGACGUUGACGCCGUCAGAAGGGUCAUUCAUGACGGUCUUAGGAGCACUGUCCAGCACCUCACCAGCCGCAGCCUCAACACCUCCACACUGCGGCAUCAGCUCGGCGCACUCGCUGUCCUAGCGGAGCUCGACGAUGUUUUGAACGUCACCGAUCAGUCCGAGCUGCAGCACACAUUGCAGACCUUCGAGCAGCGGUCGAAGUGGAUGAUGAGCGGCCGAUACCCGGAUGUUAGCCAGAUUCUGUCCUGCAGAGAGACAACACUGAGCAUGUGGAGCCAGCACCACAAACUCAGGGCUACCAGGCUGACUCCCGCAGACGCACGCCUCGUGCAGGUCCGCGGGAUGCUGCUCUCCUCCGACAUCUUUCGCUUCCACCGCGCAAAUCAAGAAACACUCAAUCUCUCUACGAAGUUAACGGAUCUCAUCCCGUCCAGCGAAUCGCUGGGCCUCAGCAUCGAUGCUGCGGUCAGGAUGGAAGCUGCCAAUUCGCUCUGGGAUCAUGGGGAAAUGAUCUCUUCCAUCCGAAUGCUGCAGAACAUCGACAAGGACUCGUCCCUGAAGAAACAGACCGUCCCAGUCAGCCGUUCUGACCUCUUGUCCAAAAUUGGAUAUCAGGUCUCCGUCGCGAGGCUGGAGAGCCCAGACAGUAUUCAGAAGAAGUACCUCGAGCCAGCGCUCAAGGAGCUUAGGGGCAAGAUUGAAGGGAAAGAAGCCGGGCGGGUGUUCCACCAGUUUGCCAUGUUUUGCCACGAGCAACUGCAGAACCCCGACAGCUUGGAGGACCUAGCGCGUCUCCAGAACCUCAAGAAGGGCAAGGAUGAGGAAGUGGAGCAGUUGAAGGCCUUGAUUGCCAAUGCCAAGGACUCCCAGCACAGGAACCGAUACUCGAGCCAUCUCGCGAAAGCCCGGCAAUGGCAAGAUCUCGAUCAGCAAGAGCUUCGCCGCGUGGAGCAGACGCGCUCCGAGUUCCUCAGGCUGAGCUUGGAGAACUACCUGCUCUCCCUGGCAGCGUCUGACGAGCACAACAAUGACGCGCUGCGCUUCAUGGCACUGUGGCUGGAGCAGUCCGAAGAAGACGUCUCGAACGAGGCUGUCAAGAAGUACAUCGGCAAGGUGCCAACCCGCAAAUUCGCGCCGUUGAUGAAUCAACUGUCAUCGCGGCUGCAGGACCAGUCGGUUCUCUUCCAGAAACUGCUGAUCGACCUGGUCUACCGCAUCUGCGUCGAUCACCCCUACCAUGGGAUGUACCACAUCUGGUCUGGAGCCAGGACCCGCGUCAACAAGGACGACGAAGUUGCAGUCUCGCGGCAGAAAGCGACAGACAGGGUGGCAAAGGCUCUGACCAAGUCGGAGACCGUGUCCAAGAUCUGGCCGGCAAUUGACCAGACGAGCAGAGCCUACCAUGCACUCGCCAUGGACCGUGAUCCUAACAGGUACAAGGCCGGGGAGAAGAUGGCAAUCAAGAACUCGUCUGUAGGACAGAACUUUUUGAGCGUUCUCAGCAAGUACCCGAUCCCUCCGCCGACGAUGCAGAUCGCCCUGUCAGCAAGCCUGGACUACUCAGACGUGCCGAUGAUCCACAAGUUUGAGCCCGAGAUGUCCAUCGCCUCUGGCGUCAGCGCACCCAAGAUCAUCACGGCUGUGGGCACAAACGGCCAGCGGUUCAAGCAGCUCGUGAAGGGCGGCAACGACGAUCUACGACAGGACGCCAUCAUGGAGCAGGUCUUUGCGGCCGUAUCCGAGCUCCUCAAGCUUCACCGGACAACGAGACAACGGAACCUCGGCGUGAGAACGUACAAGGUGUUGCCCCUGACGUCCUCGUCCGGCCUCAUCGAGUUCGUCUCUAACACGGUUCCCCUCCACGAAUACCUCAUGCCCGCGCACGAGCGUUAUUACCCGAAGGAUCUCAAAGGCUCGCAAUGCCGCAAAGAGAUAGCCAACGCCCAGACCAAGACCACCGAGACCCGCAUUGCCGUCUACCGCAAAGUCACGGAACGCUUCCACCCGGUCAUGCGCUACUUUUUCAUGGAGUACUUCCCGGACCCGGACGAGUGGUUCCACAAGCGCACCGCCUACACGCGCACGACGGCCGCCAUCUCGAUGCUGGGCCACGUGCUCGGCCUGGGCGACCGGCACGGGCACAACAUCCUGCUGGACACCAAGACGGGCGAGGUGGUGCACAUCGACCUGGGCGUCGCCUUCGAGAUGGGCCGCGUGCUGCCCGUGCCGGAGCUCGUGCCCUUCCGCCUGACGCGCGACAUCGUCGACGCCAUGGGCGUCACCCGCACCGAGGGCGUCUUCCGCCGCUGCUGCGAGUUCACCCUCGACGCCCUGCGCGAGGAGGCCGCCUCCAUCCAGACCAUCCUGGACAGCCUGCGCCACGACACGCUGUACCAGUGGUCCAUCUCGCCCGUGCGCAUGGCCAAGCUGCAGAAUGCGCGCGCCGCCCCCGCGGCAGAGGGGGGCGGGGACGAAGGAGGGGACGGCGAAGAAGGCGGUGGUGGUGGUGCUGCUGUUGCUGCUGCGGCAGGGGCCGGCGGCGGCGCGGCGAAGGAUCAUCGCAAGGCGCGCUCCGUCAACGAGCCCAGCGAGGCGGACCGCGCGAUCGAGGUCGUCAAGAAGAAGCUGAGCAAGACGCUCAGCGUCAUGGCGACGGUGAACGACCUGAUCAACCAGGCGACCAGCGUGUCGAACCUGGCGGUUUUGUAUUCCGGUUGGGCGGCGUAUGCUUGAGUGGAUAGUCAAGACAGAUAGAUAACCCAGCAAAGCUGUGUAUCAUGGACCUAUUUGUUG